AUGGUUUUUGGCGCAAUUAGCACAUGUGAAAUCCGGAUUUUUGGUUACAUUGGCGUGCUGUUUUCCGAAUCUAGCAGUCCAACAAAAAUUUGCCGUAAUGCAGUGCAAAUUGAAACGGUUCGUUGCGCAAAAAGUCCGUCAAAUAUGGGCCCAUUCGUCAUGAUCUUUGGUGGCCUACUUAUCCUGGGCGUUGGCAGAACCAUGCCUCAUUCACUUGGACUUCCGCUCAUCGACGAUAAUGUUCAGCGGCGAAAUCUCCCAGUUUACUUUGGUCGGUUUAUUCCUUGA